AUGGAGGGUACUCGUAGUGGUCGGGGCCGUGGACGUGGAGUUAGGCUACCUGCGACUGAAGGGGGUAGUCGUGAAACCAUGCCUGAACUAAAUCCUGAGCCUAGAAUUGACCCUAAUGUCCAGGUAGCCACUGCUAUUCAGCGAAUGACUGACUUGUUGGCACACCUAGUGGAACACCAGGGCCAACCCCCUGUUCAUCAACCUGGGAACCCGGGCAACCAUAUAGAGGGUGAGGACAGAGCCCUCGAAAGAUUUCAAAAGUUCUCCCCACCAAAGUUCCUGGGAGGGCCAGAUCCAGACGUGGCCGAACGGUGGUUGGAGAAGAUGAUAGAUAUCUUUGCGGCCUUACACUAUUCCGAGGAGAGACAGGUUACUUUUGCUGUCUUCCAGUUAGAAGGGGCCGCCCGAUCUUGGUGGAACGUGGUUCGCACGAAAUGGGAAAAAGAGCAAACGCCAAGGACGUGGGUAAAUUUUAUGAGGGAGUUUAACGCUAAGUAUUUCACAUCUCUCGUUCAGGAAAAGAAGGAAGACGAAUUUAUUAGGCUUCACCAGGGAGCUCAAUUGGUAGUUGAGUAUGAGAGCCAAUUUACUAGACUAUCCAAGUUCGCCCCUGAACUUAUUGUAACUGAGCCAAGAAGGGUGCGGCGAUUUAUUCAUGGGCUAAAUGUGGAAAUUCAAAAGGAUCUGGCGGUAGCCUAG